AUGGCAUCUGCUGCAGUAACCGCGGGUUCAACUGGAGCGGCCGACACUCUGAUGGCCGCGUCGACGACGAAAAGCGCCACGACGCUUGUGGCCGGACAGAGCGAUGCUCAGUGAGUGUGAUCCGAAGAGGGCUCCAGUGCGAACGAAACUUGCAGGUUGAAAGAGCCUUUGUACGGACAGGUGAAGCGUCCGACCGUCAAGGAGCCGCCGAUCACAGGGAGUAUGCAGCAGCUGAGCGACCGACUUGUGAGAAGAGAAAGGGACGCAUUCAUUCGAACUGAAAUGUUUCCAGAAGAGCGACUUCUUCUGCGGAAUGAUCUUCGUCGUCCUCACCUUCGUUAUCGUCAUUGUGUCCGUCGCUCUCGCAGUGUUUUCGAGCAUGGGAAAGAUUAGAAUCUUUGCAAAGCCUCAACUUUCCAGUAUCAAUACGACGUCCUAA